GUAAUUCACCAAUAAUUAGAGAACUGGCUGCCAGAACCCUGAAAGAAGAAUAAGAUGAAGACUGCUGCUCCCUGGAUUAACAUAACCAGCAGAAUGAACUGUAGAAGAUAUUAAGAUACUCCAAGUCUUCUUCUCUCUUACUCUGCUUUCCUACUUUGCCGAAGUUUGUCUCCACAAACAACCAAGAGAUUCCACAAAGAUCAGUGUUAUACUGCUCAAACUGAUUUUGCAGUUUAACUGCUCUAACUGGCAAAAACUCAAGUACCUGCAAACGUUAUUGGAUAUAUCUAACAAUGGAGCCGAAUCCAGUCGGAGAGAAAACUCACCACUGUUUAGAGUGUGGAAAGAGUUUUACUACACAGCAUAAUCUCAAGACACACCAGCUUAUUCACACAGGAGAAAAGAAUUACGACUGUUCGGGCUGUGGGAAGAGUUUUGCUCGACUGAGUAAUCUCAAAAGACACCAGCGCGUUCACACUGGAGAGAAACUGUAUCACUGCUCAGACUGUGAGAAGACUUUUACUAGGAAGUUUGGUCUCAUUACACAUCAGCGCGUUCAUACUGGAGAUGAAACAAAUCAAUACUCAGAUUGUGGGGAGAGCUUCACUACACAGUGUAAUCUCAUGACACAGCAGAGCAAUCACACUGUAGAGAAAACCCAUCAUUGCUUAUACUGUGGGAAAAGCUAUUCUACAAAGCGUAAUCUCAUCACACACCAGCGCAUUCACACAGGAGAAAAACUGUUUCACUGCCCGUACUGUGGGAAGGGUUUUAACUAUCAGACUAAUUUCAAACACCACUUGCGCAUUCACACAGGAGAAAAACCGUAUCACUGCACAGAUUGUGGGAAGAGUUUUACAACACAAAGUCUUCUCAACAUACACCAGCGCAGUCACCAUGGAGAAAAACCGUUUCACUGCUCAGACUGCGGGAAGAGUUUUAUUACGCGUGAUCGUCUCAAAAUACACCAGCGCAUUCACACUGGAGAAAAACCGUAUUACUGUUCAGAGUGUGAGAAGACUUUUGCUCGGCUGAGUUAUCUCAAACACCACCAGCUCAUUCACACUGGAGAGAAACCGUAUCAAUGCCCAGACUGUGGAAAGAGUUUUAUUACACAAGCUCUUCUCAACACACACCAGCGCGUUCACAAAGGAGAGAAACCAUAUAUCUGCUCAGAGUGUGGAAAGAGUUUUAUUAGACGUACUCUUCUCAACAUACACCAGCGCAUUCACACAGGAGAAAAACCAUAUCACUGCCCAGACUGUGGGAAGAGAUUCAAUGAUCUAGGAAAUCUAAGACAACACCAGCGCGUUCACACUGGAGAGAAACCGUUUCAAUGCCCAGACUGUGGAAUGAGUUUUACUCGACAGAGUAACCUUAAAACGCAUCAGCACAUUCACACAGGAGAGAAACCAUAUCAGUGUUCGGAGUGUGGGAAGAGUUUUACCACAGGUGCUCGCCUCAAAAUGCACCUGCGCGUUCAUACAGGAGAAAAACCGUAUCACUGCUCAGACUGUGGGAAGAGUUUUAUUACACGUGCUCGUCUCAUCAUGCACCAGCGCAUUCACACAGGAGAAAAACCAUAUCAGUGCGCAGACUGUGGGAAAAAUUUUAAUAACCCGGGAAAUCUACGACAACACGAGCGCGUUCACACCGGAGAAAAACCCUAUCACUGCUCAGAAUGUGGGAACAGUUUUAUUCGACUGGCUUCUCUCAUCGCACACCAGCUCACUCACAUAAAAAAGGAAGAGCAACACGAUUCAGAGUGUGCUACUAGCUCCAGGCAUUCAGAUACAUUAGAUAACACUCCUUCAACUAUCCCAGGCAUCAAUACAGAUAUUAAAGUAGAGUAAAGUGGCAGCUGAAGACAAACACAAUAAUCUUCCUUUUAGCUGUGAUCCAGUGCCUUGGAGACUGGUUGGAGUUGAUGUUCUUAGGACACUUUAGUUGUUUAAACAAGAGCAUGUUUGAACUAUGGAAUAUCAAGCUAUCUGAGCUUGUAAUUCUUGAAAACUGUCCCUAGGAUGGAAGCAGUUGGAAAGGUUUUAAUGUCAUGAAAACUGUGGGAUGGGGCAAUGUAGCUAAAAAAAAAAUCUAGUUGUGAUUUGCUUUGCAGCAUGGAUCCAUUAUAAGAUGCUGCCGAUGUAGCCACAUUCUGAAAGAUUCUGUUCCGUUGAUUUUCUGUGUAGUCGUCAAUAUAAAGAUCAUGAAAGUAUGAACAUCUGUGAUUGUGAUAUCGUGAAAGCAUUAUCAUAAUGAUAUUUUUGAUUCAUAUGUAAUUUACAUAACUAAUUAUGGUACUAAAAGGUGCUCUUAAUUAAUCUGUCACUGUGCUGUUGGUUCUCUCUCUCUCUUUCUCUGGGUUGUACAUGUGUUUGGAGGUAUUUGGAUUUUCAACGGCAGCAGGGACUUUUUGGGACAAUUGAGAGUAUCAUUGAGCAAAUUAGCAAAUUAUAAAACGAUUAAGGUUUCUAAAACUCUCAGGAUUGUUUGAGAGAAUGUAUUUUUUCCCUCUCUCCUCCUGAGUGGCAGUAAAUCACCAAUAAUUUAAGUGCUGCCUUUUUAGAACCAUAAAAGAAGAAGAAGAAUGCUCCAUAGAACAACAUAAUCUAAUACGUGUAGAAGGUAUGGAGAUAUUAGACUUGAAAUAUCCUAAAUUAUGAAUAAAGAUAUCUGUAAUUGUUGUUGAUGUUGACCUGUUCAUAUAAAUGUACUCUUUUUUUCUAUAUUUCUAUUUAUAUACUAUUUUUAAUUGGAAUGUUUUCCUUGUAUCUAUCUGCAAUGUACAGUAAACUGUCUCUUCAUCUUUUCA